AUGGCUCCUUCUCACCGCCGUGGACCUUGGGUCCCCGAAGAAGAUCAACUGUUGUUGCAGCUAGUCCGUGAACAAGGCCCAAACAACUGGGUGCGCAUCUCCCAACACAUGCACUACCGCUCACCAAAACAAUGUCGGGAACGCUUCCACCAAAAUCUCAAGCCUUCGUUGAACCGUGAGCCCAUCUCCUCAGAUGAGGGGCUCAUGAUCGAGCGCAUGGUCAACGAAAUGGGCAAGCGCUGGGCCGAGAUUGCCCGCCGACUGGGAAACCGCAGCGACAACGCCGUGAAGAACUGGUGGAAUGGAAGCAUGAACCGGAAACGCCGUGGUCUCUCAUCAACACCGACAGUCUCCCGGACCUACAGCGGCCGGGUCGAGGCACCAUAUGCUCGGGCCUCAGUGGUGAGCCCAACUCGCCCUCGCUUUAGCACUCGCCCAUGGGACACCGAGUCUACAGCCUCCUCCGAUGCAUACUCUUCCCGCCGGGAAUCCAUGUCUACUACCGCCGCUCGUCAACUUUCUCCCAUUUACACUCUCCCCUCCAUCAACCGACCCAUCGAAACCCCCUUGACUUCGCCUGCUUUCUCCGAUGUUUCCAAUGCCCUUUCCAUCGAGCCUCCUUCCAUGGUCUCGGAUCACAACUCGGUCUGCUCUUCUUCUCCGCGUACUAUUCCUUCCCCGCAGCUACUUCCGUUGCCGGUCGACUUGCGUGCACAGUACGAUACCCGCCGUCCCAGCGUGGCAUCCGUACAAGUGAUUGAGGAUUCCCCAAGCUACCCCGCCAGAUCAUUGGAAUCACUCUCCGACAUUGCCUCAAAACGGCGGUGGAUGGAACACCAGCCUACACUAGCAUCGUGGCACCAGCCCGUCGAUCUACCCAAGGCAUAUACGCCCGAAGCUCCCCGCGAUACUCGCAUGGGAGUCAACAACCUCUUGAACUAA